CUCUCAUUGAGCGCAGCGCAGUGCGGCUUGUGCUCAGUGCAGCGGGAUCUACUGCAUACAAGGGCUAUCUAUAUUCAUACAGCAUAAUUAUUUACAUGCAAUGGAGGUACUUUCUUUUAAUCUGUGGUGGAUUUUUACAUUGCUUUUAUGGACGUCUGCGAGCGCGUUUAACCUGGACACUCAAAACGUCCUGAGGAAGAAUGGUGAACCCGGUAGCCUCUUCGGUUUCUCUCUGGCUUUGCACCGGCAGCUUCAACCUACCGAUAAAAGAAUAUUGUUGAUUGGUGCUCCCAAGGCCAAGGCUUUAUCCAAUCAGAAUGCAAACAUCACCGGUGGGCUGUACAGCUGUGACAUCACAACCCAUCCCAAUGAUUGUACACGGGUGGAGUUUGACAAUGAUGUGGAUGUUCAGGUGGAGAAUAAGGAGAACCAGUGGAUGGGUGUAACUGUUCAGAGUCAGGGACCUGGAGGCAAAAUUGUGACAUGUGCCCAUCGUUACCAGCGCUUGUUGUUUGCAAACACAGCCCAAGAGGCGCGUGACAUCACUGGACGCUGUUAUAUGCUCAGUCAGGAUCUCAGCAUUGACAGCCAAUCAGAUGAGGAUGGUGGGAACUGGAAAUUUUGUGACGGACGCACCAGGGGUCAUGAAAGGUUCGGGGUCUGUCAGCAGGGCCUGGCUGCCACCUUCACUAAAGAUUAUCAUUAUGUCAUCUUCGGAGCACCGGGAGCUUACAACUGGAGAGGUGUAGUGCGUGCUGAGCAGAAGAACAACACACUGCUGGAUAUGGGCAUGUAUGAUGAUGGUCCCUAUGAGGUCGGGGAUGAAAAUCGCCUAGAUCCACAUCUAGUGCCAGUACCAGCCAACAGUUACUUGGGAUUCUCUCUGGAUUCUGGUCACAGCAUCACAGAGAAAGGAAAGCUCAUCAUUGUGUCAGGAGCGCCGAGAGCCAAUCACAGUGGAGCGGUGGUGUUUUUGCAGAAGGAAAGUGAAAUCUCCACCAUGCUUGCAGCUGAACACAUACUAGAAGGACCAGGCCUUGGAUCAUCAUUUGGAUACGAUGUCGCGGUGGUGGACCUGAAUGGUGAUGGUUGGCAGGAUGUCGUGGUCGGAGCGCCGCAGUUCUUCCAAAGAGAUGAGGAAGUGGGCGGGGCUGUAUUUGUUUAUAUCAAUAAAGCUGGAAGAUGGAAGGACGUCAGUGCUAUUCGCCUGAAUGGAACUAAAGAUUCAAUGUUUGGACUGACUGUAGAGAACAUUGGAGACAUUAACCUGGAUUCUUUUGAAGAUAUUGCUGUAGGCGCCCCAUAUGCUGACUCAGGGUUUGGUUGUGUUUACAUCUACCACGGAUCUGCUGACGGCAUCAAUACUAAACCAGCUCAGAUACUGGAGGGCAGGCAACACAACAUUAAGAUGUUUGGCUAUUCUCUGGCUGGAAAUAUGGACCUGGAUCAUAACUCGUAUCCUGAUCUUGCUGUGGGCUCUCUCUCUGAUGCAGUUUUCAUAUACAGGUCCAAAUCGGUUGUUAGCAUCAAGACAGACGUCAAGGUCACACCAAAGGAAAUUGACUUGAUGAAGAAAACGUGUGGUAACAGUAUUUGCUUGACUGUUGAGGCUUGUUUCUCGUACAGAGCAAACCCCACCACCUACAACCCAAAACUCACAAUUGGCUACACAAUUGAAGCAGAGUGGUACCGCAGAAAGCUUGGGCUCACAUCCAGAGUUGUGUUCCUAGAGAAGAGCGAGACGGAUCAGGAGUUCCAGUCAUCUGGUACUUUGGAGCUACGAGGACAGAAUAAGAAAGCGUGUUACAAGACCCAACUGAAACUAAAGGAAGCCAUCAAAGAUAAGCUGAGAGCAGUUCCUAUCGAGGUCUUUGUGGCCAUUCAGAGUGCUAAGAGAGGCAAAAGGCAGAGCUCCCUGCCACAACUCGUGCCAAUACUGGACUCCACUGUGCCUAACAGGACCAUUACAGAGGUCAACUUUCUGAAGGAGGGCUGUGGCACUGAUAACAUCUGUCAGAGUAACUUAAAACUGCAGUAUAGAUUCUGCUUCAGAGAGACGAACCAGGACGUCUUCCCUCCACUGCCGCUAGAAAACGGCGUUCCAGUGGUGUCUUUAAGCGAUCAGAAGGACAUUGCUCUGGAGGUCACGGUGGGGAACAGGGGCGGAGAUGAUGCUCAUGAAGCCAAACUGCUGGCACACUUUGAUGAAUCUCUGUCAUACUCUGGAUUCAGAUCUCUGAGAACUACAGAUAAGCAUGUGAUCUGUGCGGCCAAUCAGAAUGGAUCUCUGGCCGACUGUGAGCUGGGAAACCCAUUUAAACGUGAUUCAGAGGUAACGUUUUAUAUCAUACUGAGCACUGGCAAGAUUUCACUCGACACCAAAGAGAUUGAGAUUGAACUUCAGCUGGAAACAACGAGUUUACAGGAGGGAAUGAGCAAAGUGAAGGCAAAAGCCAAGGUGAUCAUUGAACUUCUGCUGUCUGUGCAAGGGUUGGCCAAACCAUCUCAGGUCUAUUUUGGUGGUAAAGUCAAAGGCGAGAGUGCCAUGAAGUCAGAGGAGGACAUUGGGAACUUGAUCGAAUAUGAAUUCAGAGUGAUCAACUUGGGAAAGCCGCUGAAGUCUUUUGGAACUGCUUCUCUAAAUAUCCAGUGGCCCAGAGACAGCUCGAUGGGAAAAUGGCUGCUGUAUCUGAUGAAGAUCAACACCAGAGACUUACAGUUAGUCACAUGUUCACCUGAGAAAGAGAUUAACCCUCUCAGACUGAAUGAGGAGUCGACAUCCACCAGAACAAAACGAGAGCUUGGGGAGAGGAAAGUGUCUGAAGCGAGUAAAAUAUCUCUCUUCGCUGACAAACGCAAGCAUAGGACGCUGUCGUGCGCAGGAGAUGCCAAAUGUGUGGAGAUCAGAUGCCCUCUACAGGGCCUGGACAGCAGUGCGGUCAUCAUUUUAAAAUCACGCCUGUGGAAUUCAACUUUUCUUGAAGAUUAUUCUAACUACAAUUACCUUGAUAUAAUGGUGAAGGCUUCUAUAAGUCUGGAUGUUUCUGCAACAAACAUUGUGCUGAAAAACCCAGAGACACAGGUGAGACUGACCGUGUUUCCAGAGGCGACAGUGACUCCGUUUGGAGGCGUUCCUUGGUGGAUCAUUCUCGUGGCCGUAUUAGCUGGAAUUCUAAUGCUGGCUCUUCUGGUUCUGUUACUCUGGAAGUGUGGAUUUUUCAAACGCUCCAAAUAUGAAGACAGCGUACCGAAAUAUAAUGCAGUGAGGAUUCGUAAGGAGACGCGUCUCUUGAAAGAUGGAGAGGUCAUGUUAGAUCCCUUGGAGAAGAAGCAGUGGAUGACCUCAUGGAGCGAGAACGAGAGUUACUCUUGAGACUUCAUCUGCUGUGGACAAUUUUCUGCAUCUCUGUUUGGAAGAGGCUUCAGGGAAGACUGAAACAUGCGCUGUCUGUGAGCCUGCUGUUAAAUGGAGAUCAAAACAUCAUGGAGAUGUCUUUAAACAGCCACGUGUUUCUUAUUACUGAGCAAUGACAGAGCGUCAACACUUGGAUUAUCUCUGAGCCUUAAACAUCUCCCUUUAAAAUGAAUUUGUAUAUUUUUGAAAGAUGCAUGGGAUGCCAAGACUGUAUUGUCUUUUGUCUGUAAAUAUUUUGAGUAUUUUACAAUGCAGUUUAUUUAUUUUGUCUUGUUAGUUUUUUUUAUUAAGAUGCCUGCUGUGCAUGAACUGGCCAAAGAUUUUUUUCAUGUCUGUCAGUAACUGUAAAUGUGAAUCUUACCAGACAGGCAAUGAAAAUAAACAGAAAAGUCAUUGAUUCUUCGCUUUACGGCGAUGUUCGAUUCGAAUGCAUCAGCUGUUGCUACUGGAGCUGUUGACUACUACUGAAGAGAUUGGCAUCAUAAAAUACAUUCAAAUAUUUAAGGUUUGAACUCUGUUGCCUUCUGUAGUUGGCAUUUUAACAGAUUGUAGAAACAAAAUAUUUUUACCUAAAUAUGAGCUGAUGAUGAGUUCUGUCAUCAUUUCUGUUAAACAAAAAGGAAGAUAUUUUGUGGAAUAUCCGAUAGGAGGUCCCAAAAGAAUACUAUGAAAGUCUUAACAGUUUGGUUACAAAUAUUUCUCAAAAUAUCUUCAUUUUUGUUCAUCAGAACAAAGAAAUGUAUGCAGGUUUGUAACAACACGAGUAAACGAUGACAAAAUUGUCUUUUUUAGGUAAACUGUCCCUUUAAGGCAUGAUGUACUAAUCAUGCUAACAUGAUUCAAUUUAGGUAUUAGCUCAUUAUGAUUCAUAAACCCUCAUUAUAAAGUUACAGUUUUCUUUUUAGGUCCACAUGAUUUCCUCUUUAUAUAAAAUGAAGUCUUUGUUCUUUCUUUUCUUUGUCACACUAUUGUUCAAUUCAGUGCAUUCAACAAACAGCAGAAAAUACAGUACAACAAUAAAAUAAGGUAUAAAACAU